AUGGCUUGUCACCGCAAAGUGCAGCGACAUCUUGUGAACCAGUUUAGGACACUGGAGGAAGCAGAGGACUUCUACAAGAUAGAUUACUUUGAAGGGCAACAGGAAGAGAGUAGUGCAGCAGCUGGAAAAGCAACUUCUACACCCAUUAAAUCCCCUCUGCGCAAUCUGUCAGGAAAUCUAUCACCCAUAUUUCACCAGUGUCCUCUCAAGAAUGUUACCCCAGAGUUUUCUACUGGUGAUUUGAUUAAACUUAUGAUGAAUGGUUUUCUAAAAAUGACCAGAUUGCAGAGGGAACAAUUCCUCUCCUACCUUUUUUGCAUUCAUCUUUCCCAUGAUGUUGGCAUCAAUGAUGGUUAUGUACCUGCAAACUUUCUGCAAUUGGCUGGAAGCUCCUUUAAAAACCUACAAGUCGCUGGAAAGGAAAAUACUCUCUACUUUCUUGCAAGGAGUGUUGGUGAAUCAAGACCUGGUGGAAGUGGGCCAAGGAUGUCACUUGACCGUAUGCCUUUUGGUCUCAUCCACCACAACCUCCAAUUCUUUGCCAAAGAUAAUGUUUCAAACCUCCACCCAUGUGAGCACUAUGCUGAAUGGUUGACGACAAUGUUUGCUCACUUUGGUCACAAAUGGGACAAACUCUACCAAGGGCCAAUGUGGAGUUAUAAUGGAGAUUCCUCAGAUGAGGAAGGAGACGUCCCACCUUUCCUUGAGCCGCAGAUUUCUCAAAGUUUACAUAAUGUUAUCACCCAGGAAUCAGAAGAGCCUACAUCAACCAGUUUCAACAGACCAUUUGACGAGAUGGGUGAUUUAUUGUCCCAGGCAGUCCGGGAAACUGAAGGUCUGGAAGAACUAAUGUGUAAUACUGGCACUCAAGACAUAGAACCAUCCUCAGAAAUAUCUACUCUUUGGAGUGGGUUGAGUGUUAGUGACAUGGCAGAGCUUGAACAAGCUUCUGACUCACCACUCCAGAUAGAGCAACUCCACAAUGCUAGACCUUCAAGAACCAGGAAGCACAAGCAUGCAAAGCGUGAUCCACUGAAGGUGAUAUCAUAUGGUUAUGUGGGCUGAUUAUGAUCAAUGUCAAGGGCUGUUGGUUGUAUUUUAUUUUAUUUCUGCCUUAUUGUUAUUAUUUAAAGCAUAUAUGUAAAAGGUGUUAUAGAAAGUAUUAUGCAUGGUAUGUGAGAAAUCUUCUUCCAUAAGUACAAAAUGAUAUAAUUGCCCCCUUAACAUGCCCACUUUGUUUGCAGGCCAAGGUUAAUGUUGUUGGUCUCUCAUCAAGACAGCUUCAGAGGAGAAUCCAACAAAAAGGCUUCACCAGGGACACAAGCAUCCAGGUAAGCUCAGUUUUGUAUUAAUGACAUUGCACUUUAUCAAAGUUGCCAUUUUUGGCAAUGUUGCAGACUUUAAAGCAAUAUAUACAGAUGUUAAGAGCUACAUAUGAUACAUUAACAUGACAGUGUGUUUUAGGAAGAACUGUAAUGUUAUGCACAGGUCUAAUUAUUGACCAUAAUUGUUAUUAAUCAGUCAGUACGUCUGACAGUGUAUUGUAUACCAUGUUGUCAUGACUUUGGACCUGGAUGUCAUCUAGACCUCAGGGUACAUUUCAUCAUAAUUCUUCCUACACUUAAUGAUGUGUAUACAUAUUUAGUUUCAAAUAGAGACGUUACAUUUCUUUACUUGGAAUGAUUUGUUGUCAUCUGUAAUUAACUGUAGAUAGAGGCACUGAAGACUGCAAAACAGAGGAAUCCUAAUGGGCGUUGGUGGAUUAAAGCCGAUGCCUGUGAUAUAAGGUCCGGUAUUAUGGAAUCCUUGCUCCGUGAGUGGUCUGGGGAUGUAGACUUGGGAGACGGGCAACUGGAGCAACUGCACCAAACAUACAUGCAGUUGAUAAGUUUUAUUAAAGGGAUUGGUUUAGAAAAACGAAAGCCCUUGCAAGUUGUUAUCCAGGACUUGAGGGAAGAGUUGAAAACACUAACAAAUGAUUCUGAGUUUUUGCAAUCAGGUCUCAGGAAAUCGAAGGAAAUUUAUGAAAAAAAAAGGAAGCAAAGCAAUACCCCAGAGAGCAGCCUGUUUGCUCUAGCUUGGGAUGUCAAUGCUUAUGAAACCCUGAAAUCGUUGAACCAUGAUUUGCAAAACAGAUGCAGCAGCAUAAUUUCCAAGUGUUUAGGGCCUGCUAAUCAGAGAGGAAAUCUUCCCCAAACUUUAGCACAAUUAAGGAAAGGUCUGUCACAGUACACCAAAGAUGUGUUCUCUAAAAAAAGGGAAGCGGCCACGCAUCUGAUGAUCUUCGUGGUGGCUGAUGAACGCAGGGACAUGAAGCCCUAUGCCAUUCCAGUGAGAGCCCUGCCAUUCAAGAGCAUAACAGAUGCAAAAGUUAGGCAACUUCGUGACGACCUUAAGUUGGAAAUGGAAAACUUGGGGAUGGUAGUUGUGGGUUUGUUUUCUUUGCCACAUUAUAUAUAUAUAUAUAUAUAUAUAUAUAUAUAUAUAUAUAUAUAUAUAUAUAUAUAUAUAUAUAUAUAUAUAUAUAUAUAUAUAUAUUUUUUUUUUUUUUUACACAAAGCACAAUAUCCUUGUUGUGAGAGAUCACCGCAAGAAGAACAAAACAUAUGCAAAAAAUAGGAAAACGCGGCACGAUAAGAAGAUAGAAAAAGAAAAAGUGGGGGAGGUUUGUGUGUGUUUGUUUUUUUUAAUAUAAAAUAUAUAUAUAUAUAUAUAUAUAUAUAUAUAUAUAUAUAUAUAUAUAUAUAUAUAUAUAUAUAUAUAUAUAUAUACAUUUACAUAUAUUUUUUAAUUCCAUUAUAAGCUACAGCUAGCAUUAUCUUCCCACAAAUCAUCUCAAUUAGCCCCAAAACCCUUUUUGAUUGGCAGGAUUGAUUACAAUCCUUCUGUAAUUUGAAUUUUCCCAGAAAACAGCACUUGUCCCUCUGGCAAGUUAAAAAACAAACAUCACUAUCCUGAUAGCAAUAUCCACUAGCCCGGGGCUAUCGGACAUGACUUUCUUUGCAUGCUGAUUAUAUAUAUUUUAUGUAUCAGGUUUUGUAACUGACGGAGAGUUUAACUCAUUAAGGACCAAGGGCUCCCAGAGACCAGUCUCAGUAAUUCAGCUGAUGGCAGAUGCAAAGUCUAAGGCCAAAUCCAUUCCGGCUAGUCGAAUAGCAAGAUAUCUUACACCCAAGAAUAAAGGUAGAAUUAAUGGUUUCUGUACACUUUAUGCUCUCUGAUGGGCUGUUUGCAAGUCAACAGUGUCAUGGUAAAAGAACAAUAAUUAUUUUGGCUGAAUAUUCUCAAACAUCACAGACAUGGCUAUAAAUUAUUUAAGGAAAACAAAUUAUCGAUUUCCAUGCUUUUAAGCCCUAUUUUCUUCAAUGUUCACACCUUGCUUCUGCACCAUGUCACUUUUGAGCAACAGAGAACCCAUAGAAUGAAUUUUAUUGCAAAGUAUCCUGGCCAGCAAGAUGCUGUUUUUUAAAAAUAUUUUUGGAGCUACCAAAUUAAAUGGUAAAGAGUUUGAAUGUAACUUUACAUUCUUGCUUUCUCUCAAAGAUGGGGCAGUGGAACCUCAAGUGCCACAUCCAGCUGUUCCAAUCAAAGAUGUCGCUCUGCUGAAAUCUCUCAUGGACGAUGGACUUUCCUUUACAUCUGCCCUCCGGCUCCUUAGACGAAGUCACUUUCCAUUUAACUAUGAUCCACAUCCAUGGAAGCCUGGUAUGUUAUGAUAAAGUUACUAAUAAGCCCCCAGUAGUUUAUUAAUGGCAAAGGUUGGUUGCCAGCUUGGCACUAUUUCCCAAAGCCACCAAAGUAAAUGCUCAGAUUUUUGAGUGUGCAUUGAAAUAACUUUGCCCUUCAGCUCUGGGGAUGAAGUCACUUUCCAUGUAACUAUGAUCCACAUCCAUGAAAGCCUGGUAUGUUGAUCAACACAUUUACUAUAGACAGCCGAUAAUUUAUUAACUUAUUUGUUUCUUUGUUCCAGGUAAUAGUAUCAAGUAAUUUCUUAGUAAAAAUUGUUAAAUAAGUUGUAUUAUUUUAAUUUGCUUGUCUUUAAGGUAAGCCUGAAAAUAAGACUGAAUGUUUAAAGUCUUUGAUGGCCACCUACCUGUACCGCAAGAAAGUAAAUGACUACUGUGCAUUGGGUGUUAACUUCAAAGAACAUCUCUAUGUCCCAGAGUUAAAUGAAGUGAAUGGUGAGACAUUUCAUGAGCGUGAAGAUCAUAAUCAUGUGCUGAAGCGCAUAACAUCAUGCGCUAGAGCAGGGACAAUCCCAUCAAUAGGUCUGCAGUACUUCAGAGAUGCUCUACAUGAUGAAAAUAGUGGCAUGACUUAUGAGGCUCUUACUGGAAAAAGAAAACAGUCUGUUCCUGAUUGCGAGAAAUUUUUCUCCAUUGGUGUCCUUAAGUUCUUGCAGAACAACAACCACAAGAAUGAAGCACGAGUUGUUGAGAUCAUUUUGAACUGGCACAAAGCGAAUGAUGGACGGGGACUCUCUGAGGAGGAAAGACGGAAGUACAACCUGGCUGUCCUUGAUUGGAUUCUCGAGGACUGGAUGCCUUGGUAUUGGUACUGUAGAGACUACUCAAAACAAUAG